GCGCAUGUCCGUAAACGUAAAUAAAAUGAAGAAACAUGAUGGCGACGAAUGUUCACAGAAUUUUAUAAUCUGAAAGAUUUUUGCGACAAACUGGCCUUUCUGUUUCAUUUCAAUCACGGAACCUUGAUGUCGAUUAUUUUAGGAAAAUACUGCAGAUUUAAUAGUAUAAAAACUUUCAUUAGGACAAUGGUUAAUUCAGCAGAAGAUAAACCCAGAGAAUCUUCGAUAAGGAGAAAAUUAGAAGAGGCCUUGAAACCUAUUCACAUAGAAGUUUUAAAUGAAUCUUACAUGCACAAUGUGCCGAAAGGAUCGGAAACUCAUUUUAAAGUACUUGUUGUUUCUGAUAAAUUUAAUGAUCAGCCUCUUAUCAAGCGUCACAGGACAGUGAAUGAUAUCCUUAAAGCAGACCUUGUAAGUGGUGUUCAUGCGUUAUCGAUAGUGGCGAAAACUCCCGACCAGUGGAAAGAAAGCGACAAGACUGUAGAACCUAGCCCGAAUUGCAGAGGCGGUUUUGGAAAAUAAACGGAAAAAAUAUUACUAUAUUAAGUAAAUGUUUUUAAUAUAAAUAAAAUUUUGUUACAAAGAUUAUUAGUUGCAAGCAUACACGUUCAAUUAAUCACUGAGAAAAAUGUACGACUGGGAGAACUCAACAUUUGGUUUCUAUUGAAGCCAUAAAUAAUAAUCAGUCGAAAAGCUGGUCAUGAUAUGAAAAAUCGAAUAUAAAUUUAUCAGAUUU